ACUAGUGAGUGAAAGCUCAGGGGCAUUUAUAAGCACUGCCCUCCACAUUCCACACGGAUUGACCCUCCUCACCGUGCCUCGCAUUCCUCACAUCCCGGGUUUAAUCUCUUUUUUUUUUUUGUCAGAAUAAAGGCUGUCUGUCAUGUCCCCCAUGGCUGCACAGAACACCUCCAUCUGAAACUGCAGAGGACGCGGCUCUUCCAAGUACAUAUUUAUGGAAUGAAUCCAGAUCUCUCAGCCAUAAUGUCAGGGAAAUCAGAUGGGAAAAAGAAGUGGGCGGCGGUCAGGGGUCGUCUGGGCUCCUCGCAGGACUCGGAUACCCAGCAGGAGGCCAACCUGGAGAGUGCUGAUCCAGAGCUGUGCAUCAGACUGCUGCAGGUUCCCACUGUGGUCAACUAUUCUGGGCUCAAGCGUCGACUGGAAGGCAGCGACCAAACAUGGAUGGUGCAGUUCUUGGAGCUGAGUGGGUUGGAUCUCCUCCUCGAGGCCCUGGACCGACUCUCUGGACGGGGAUGCUCGCGGAUUGCAGACGCUCUUCUGCAGCUCACCUGUGUCAGCUGUGUCAGAGCGGUCAUGAACUCCUCAGCAGGGAUCCACUUCAUUGUGGAGAAUGAAGGAUAUAUUCGGAAACUCUCCCAAGCCUUGGAUACUUCCAACACCAUGGUGAAGAAGCAGGUUUUUGAGUUACUUGCUGCUCUUAGUGUGUUUUCAUCAGAUGGCCAUCGCCUGGCUCUGGAUGCACUGGACCACUACAAGGGUGUGAAGAUGCAGCAGUAUCGCUUCAGUGUGAUCAUGAACGAGCUUCACUCGACAGAUAACGUCCCUUAUAUGGUUACACUCCUCAGUGUCAUCAAUGCCAUCAUCUUUGGAACAGAUGACCUCAGACAGAGAGAUAGGAUGAGGAAGGAGUUCAUCGGGCUUCAGUUACUUGAUACUCUGCCAAAAUUAAGGGAACAGGAAGACGAAGAUUUGAUUAUUCAAUGUGAAGCCUUUGAAGAAGCAAUGGCUGAGGAUGAGGAGGAGCUUCUUCGAGUAUAUGGGGGCAUUGAUAUGAGUAAUCACCUGGAGGUCUUUACUACACUUUUUAACAAGGUGAGCAGCUCUCCAGCUUCUCUGCAGCUGCUGUCGAUCCUACAGACAUUGUUGGUGCUGGGGCCGAGCCGCACGGAUAUAUGGCUGGCUAUGGAGGCCAUCACAAACAGAGCCAUACUGCUGGCUGAGGACUCCCAGAUGGAGUCCUCUGAGAAGAUCAUGCAGCGACUGAUGUUCUCCAAACGUAAGGGCUAUGAAGGUCACCAUGAAGUGGAUGGGCUGGUAGUCAAAGUGGAUAAAGCCGUACAGACUGAUCCAGAUCAUCAGGACAAAGAUGAGCCAGAGAGAAUAACGGCAUCUCCUCAGAAACCACCUUGUGCCUCUCCCCCACCUCCACCUCCACCUCCUCCCCCACCCCCUCCUCCUCUUCCACCCCAGAGUAUGACUAACCAGGGACCACCUCCACCACCUCCGCCGCCUCCUCCUCCCCUUCCUGGAGGCUUUGGUGGACCUCCACCUCCUCCACCAUUGCCUGGAGCCCCACUGCCACCUCCAGGCAUGCCUCCACCACCACCGCCACCACCAUUCCCAGGGAUGGGCAUUGGACCACCACCACCACCUCCGCCACUACCGGGCAUGCCUCCUCCACCUCCUCCUCCCCCAGGAAUGAUAAUGGCUCACAGCGCCCAGUCUCUGGGAUGUGGUGCACCUGCAAUGAUGCUCACUCGCAGAUGCCCCACAUUACGGAUGAAGAAGCUCAACUGGCAGAAACUCCGCGCUGUUACUGAUGGUCACUCAAUGUGGGCUUCGGUUCAGAAAGAGCCGCCUCCUCCAGAGCCGGACUACAGCAGUAUUGAGCAGCUGUUCUGUCUCCCAGUGACCGAGCACAAAGACAAGGGGGCAGCUGCUCCUGUCAAGAAGGAGCCUAAAGAGAUUACAUUCAUCGAUGCAAAGAAAAACUUGAAUUUGAACAUAUUUCUAAAGCAGUUCAAAUGCUCAAAUGACGAUUUUGUAGCCAUGAUUCGCAAUGGAGAUCGUACCAAGUUUGACGUAGAGGUGCUAAAACAGCUCCUGAAGCUCCUUCCAGAGAAGCAUGAGAUUGAGAAUUUGAAGUCCUUCCAAGGAGAAAAAGACAAACUGGCAAAUGUUGACCGCUUCUACACCUCCCUCCUCACUGUGCCGUGUUAUCAGCUGAGGAUUGACUGCAUGUUGUUGUGUGAGGAGACGACAUCAGUGCUGGACAUGCUCAAUCCUAAAGUGAAACUGGUGGAAGAGGCUUGUGAGUCCCUCAGAGCAAGCACGCUCAUGCCCAGUUUCUGCAGGCUCAUCCUGGAUGUGGGAAAUUUUCUCAACUAUGGAAGUCAUACAGGGAAUGCAGAAGGGUUUAGGAUCAGCUCACUCCUCAAGCUCACAGAGACUAAGGCCAACAAGAGCCGCAUUACGCUGCUUCAUCACAUCCUGGAGGAAGCAGAGGCGAACCACCCGGAGCUCUUGGCACUGCCCGACGAUAUAGAGAUCUGUGAAAAAGCAGCAGGAGUUCAUCUGGAUUCUGUUCAGUCUGAGGCCAAUGCUCUACUGAAGAGACUAAAUGAGACAGCCAAGAAAGUCUCCAACUCUCUGGAGGAGGUGAAGGAGCAGUAUGCAAAUAUUAUUGAGGAAAAUCAAAAAGCCUGCCAAGUCUUAAGUGAAAGGUUCUCUGAGAUUCAGAAGAAGAAAAGUGACCUGGCUGUGUACUUAUGUGAAGAUGCCAAUCAGCUGUCACUUGAGGAACUCUUUGGAACCAUCAAGACUUUCCGAGAACUUUUCAUUAGGUCUCUGAAGGAAAACAAAAUGAGAAAGGAGCAGGCAGCCAAGGCUGAGAAGAGAAAGAAGCAGUUGGCAGAAGAAGAAUCUAAAAGACAGAAGGGAGAGAAUGGGAAAAUAAUCAAGAAAGGCCUGGUGUCACAGAACGAUGGGUGCAUCAUCGACCACCUCCUGGCGGAUAUUAGGAAAGGUUUCAGCCUCAGAAAGACCAGGCCAAGGUGCGAUUCGGAAAGCCUCCCUUCUAGUGAAAUUCGUAGGGAUACCUGCCCACCUGGAUCAAGUGUGAAGUCUGCAGACAAAGACGCAGCAGCUUCGGCACCAGAAAAUGCCACCAUUUCCGCUUCUGUCGAACCUCAGGCAGAAGGGCAUCAGGCCACCGGCGAAGUGAACGGCUUCAUCAGUCCAACAGAAGAGACUCCUUCAGCGCCGCAGAAUGCAGCACAAACAGCAGCUAUAACUCCCAAUAUACUCCCAGAAGGACCUGCCAUAACAACACAAUUACCCUCAGAAAGACCUGUGUCACUGCAGCAGGAGGAACACCCAACUAAUGGUACAGUUUCUGCCCAAGACAGGACCCAACCCAAGGCUCAGGUGGAUGGGGAACAUCAAAUAUCACUUCAGAGAAACGGCUUUUCGGUAGAUUCAUCCGAGACCAGUGUCCUCAGCCCUUCUUCCCUGUCAAAUUUUGACCUGAUGGAAGCUGUGUCAGAUGGAACUUCUAGCUUGGUUUCUGAGAAGUUGACGCCUGAGGAGCCAAUAGACAUAAGUGUAAAUGUUGAGCUGCAGAGAAACCCCAUAAUGGGUGUUGGCAUUAACGGCACAGAGAGUGGUGGAAGCAAUAAAAUGGGAGACAGUAAAGGUGAAACUAGUGAUAAUAUAAGCCAUUUAACAAAAACUGAAGGACAAGAUCGGGGUCAAGAUGAGCAGAAAUGCUUGAUGACGAGAAUGUCCGGCCAAGAUGAGGCGGGGAGUUCCAAACGUAUUGACCCUAAAAGUAAUGAGACUAUACUCAGUGAAGCCAUCCAGGCAUGUGACGUCCCAGAUGGACAGGAUGAUAUGCCAUCUGUGUCUGAAGCCGUGCCUCCAUCUCUUAAGCCUGAACCAAAGAAACAGAAGAACCUCUUUAAACGACACAAAAAGAAGAGUACUCAAGGUAAUCUAUCCAUUCACUUAAAUAAAGAUCACGUUUGGAAUGCUAGUAGUCUCUUGAUGUCUCUUAAAAGGAAAUCCCUAUUUAUUUUUGCUUUUAUUGCAUUUCACCUUUUUCUAUUUUAUGUAUGGCCUUUUGUAGUAGAUGUUUUUUAAGUAUUUAUAUUCAUGUGGAAUUAAAAUGCAGAUUAUGGAUGAAAUGUGCAGCCAUUGAUUUAGUAAUGAAUGGAUAUCUGUUGCACAAAUCUUAAACUAUGAUCAGUUUGUUUGAAUGCUCUGUUUUCCAUUCUGACUCUCUAAAACACAAGGUAACAGUGGAAAAGGACACACUAAACAUAAAAAAGGCUGUGUAUUGCAGUGAGGUAGGUCAAUCGGUGGGAUGGCAAACUGUAAGCAGGAACAUCAUCCUAAUAAAUCACCGUCGAAGCUUUGUUCCAAAUAACACUCCAUUUGUUGGUCUAACUGGGCUCUGGAUUUCAUUUGUCUGUGUUGUCCAGCUUUUAACACUUAACGCGCUCUCUGACACUUUCCAGUAUUUAUCACACCAAAUCUCAGCUGCAUUCGGCCCAAUGCAUAAAUGUCUUGAAAUUAUUCUAAGGGGAACUUUUCAAGGUACAAUAAUCUCCUAUAAUCAUCUCUAUUUAAGGGUUAAGUAAUCUAACAUCAGUUUUCUGACUUUAAACAGCCGUGCAGUUUGUGAACGUCAUCAUGAAGUCAUCGUGGACUGAGUUGCCUCAUAAAAGCUGUCACUUUUGUGUCUCUCUCUUUCCAUGUUUGAUUGUCCAUUCCCCAAAUCUGGAUCUGGAACUGUUUUUAAUCCACUAACAGUCGUGUGUGCUUCAUGUAAACUGUGCUUUGUCUAAUCUUACUGUGAAAGAUGUGAUGUGAAUGCAUUAAAAUGAAUUUCUUUCUAAAAAACAACUUUAUUAAAGCCACUAUAGUGAUGCCUGAACAAUCGAUAUGAAACAAUUGUGAGUAAUUGUACUGCAAAGUAGCUAUUAUUUAAUAGUAAAUAUAUUUCAAAAGGUAUUUUGGUAUUUCUUUUAGACAUAAUUUGAUUCUGUCCAUUCAUUUUAGUCUCUGUUUCCCUAGGUGACUCCAGAAAAAGGAAAUCCAGAGGAAAAAGGAAAUGUUAAUAUUACACAGGAGUUGAAAACUGGAAGAACUACAGUAUAUUUUAUUUUGUGAGACCACAUGAAUAUUGACUUUUUCAAGAGGAUGCAGAAGUCUUUUGCAGUGAUCUAUUUUUCAAGACCAAGAAGGGAAACAUCUGGGAUCUUCAGGCACUGAUGAAAACUUGUCACUUUAUUUAAAUGAAUGUUUGUAGGGGUAGUUAUAUACACUAUUCCAGAAGAAAAAUUGAAUAUACUUUAUAUGUUUUGUAUCAUUGUUGUAAUAUGCAGUGAAGGUGUUUUUGGUUUUUUGCCCAAAGCUUUACAUUUGAGCACUUAUUGCAGGAAAGAUGCAGUGUUUGCAAUGUAUUUAAUUUCAGAAAAGCUGCUUGAAUUUUAUGUCUUAAUUUGUUAAAUAUAUAUUAUACAAAGGAAAUCUUGUAGAACACAAAGACAGCGCGUAAUGGAUUGUAUCUUUUAAUGUUAACCAUAUUUUAAUAAAAAUGAAUUUACUGUUCA